AAGCAUCAGAGUCAGGUAGAGAGGAAGAGAGAGAGAACCAAGAUGAGUUUAACCGACAAAGACAAGGCUGCCGUCAAGGCCAUGUGGAGCAAAAUGUCCAAGUCUGCGGACGCUAUUGGGGCUGACGCUCUGGGCAGGAUGCUCGUCGUCUAUCCGCAAACCAAGACCUACUUCUCUCACUGGUCUGACCUGAGUCCCAACUCCGCUCCGGUAAAGAACCACGGAAAGAAUGUGAUGUCUGGAGUCGCUUUGGCCGUGGCCAAGAUCGACGACCUGACCAACGGCCUGAUGGCUCUCAGCGAGCAGCACGCCUUCCAGUUGAGAGUGGACCCGGCCAACUUCAAGAUCCUGUCCCACUGCAUUCUCGUGGUGAUCGCCAGCAUGUUCCCGAAGGAUUUCACCCCCGAGGCCCACGUCGCCAUGGAUAAAUUCUUCUGUGGCUUGUCCCUGGCUCUCGCAGAGAAAUACCGCUGAGCUGCCUACAGUGUGGAAUGCGGUCUGCCAUGGGCGAUCAUGUAUCUCAUGAUGAAACAAAUUAUGGAAUAAACUGCAUAUCCAAAACUGAU